AAGCAGAGACAGCAGUAUGUGUUGACAUUAACUAGGUGUGAGUUGCUCAUUAACAUUUCUUUUGUUUCCAAGGGUGGGAAAGGUGUCUGGUGGAGGGAGACAUUAAAGCCACCUGGCAGGGGGGUCUUCAUGAGGAAUUUGAGGUGUGAAUGGUCAUUAAAAUUCAGGGGCGGACUGACCAAUUGGAAACUCGGGCACUGCCCGAAGGCCCGGGGUCAGUAGGGGGUCCCAUGAGACCUUUUUCAUAGGCUUUUUUGAGUUUGGGCAAGGACACAGGGGCCCCAUGAUCCCCUAUUGCCUGGGGGCCCCAUGA